ACUGUUUGCGAGGCUCCUCGACUACAGAAACAGUUUGCAGUAAGAGGUUUACCUGUUCUUAAACUAACCAGAGAAGCUGACGCCUUAAUCGUGGACUAUAGACACAUCUCCGUGAUUAUUCCUUGUGGAAAUAUAGCUAUUCCUUUACAAGACCUCCAAGACUAGCAUUUUGAUGUCACAUUCCCAAAGCAACUGAGCCCCGUCAGAGAAUCAGCAGACAUAAAGAUAGCCAAAGGAUUCUUCAUCUUCAGAGAGGCCAAAGAAUAAGGAAGAAGGGAGGUUUUGAAGCUGGAACACCCACCACCCUUAUUGAAUAAUGGUGACUUUUUGAGAGUGCGUUGAUCUCAGGUCAAGGCCUACAUGCCACUGUGAUCACCAAGAAGCGGACAAAGGAAAAAAAUAAUUUWAAAAAAUCAUAWUAAAAGGAGGUGCAAAUCUCAUCACUGAGAGACGAUCCCCUCACAAACUGAAUUCUGGGAAACAGAAUGCCAGCGAAGACGCCCAUGUACUUAAAGACUAACACACCCAAGCGGGGGAAGAAGCUCAAGCUGCGAGACGUCCUGUCCAGUGACAUGAUUAGCCCCCCACUAGGGGACAUGCGCCACAGAGCCCAUGUCGGGCUGGAGGGAGAGGGUGACAUGUUCGGAGACGUAGGCUUUUUACAGGGCAAGAUGGACAUGUUGCCCGCCCUGAACGGCUUACCACGCUCCCACAGUAUGGAGAGGCAGCUGGAUGAAGCCUACCCCAUGAACGACAAAGGACCCAACCACUCUUGUAACAACCACCGCAACCCCUACCACCAUUCCACCAGCCUGCUGAAGAGCACCAUCUCCAUGCCUGUGUUCAUCGCCCCCGAGCAGGCCCCUCCCAAGCCGCCUCGGCUCCACCUGGAGGACUCGACCCCCCCGUCCCAGCAGCAACAGCACCAACCUCAGCCGAACAACCAUAACCACAACGACCACAAUCAGCAGCGGCAUCACUCCAUGUCUGUGUGUGACCAGGGUGUCGGCUGCUACAUGGACCCCUGCCACGACCUUAGCUACUCUGCCUCCUUCAGGCACCUGGUGCCCUCCUCCGGCUCCUUCUCAGAGGUCUCCUCAGAGGACUCCAUGUCAGAGAGCUGUGGCCCCCUGGACCCUCAGAGGGGGCUGAGCCUGGAUUCAGACGCUGGCCUGAGCAAUGAGGACCUGGGGAGCGAGCGGAGUGAGUCGCCCACCGUGUGCCCUAGAUUCUCUCCCGGUGUCUCCCGCUCAGAGUCCCUGAUGGGCUUGGAUCUGGACCUGGGGCCAUCCAUCCUGGAGGACGUGCUGAGGAUCAUGGACCGCUACAAGAGUGUUGAUGACCGCUGUGAGUUGUGAGCAGAUGAGGGGAAAGGGGUUUAGACACUGCAGAGAGGUGUCUGGGACACUUUUUUUUUUUUACCAUCCUCCAUAUAGCCUAAUGAUGAUUGGGCUGGUCGGUCGGACAGACGGUCGGUCAGACGGUCGGACGGACGGACGGACGGACGGACGGACGGACGGACAGACGGACAGACAGACGGACAGACAGACAGACAGACAGACAGACAGACAGACAGACAGAGGAUAGUGCCAGGACUGACAGGCUAAAAAGCCUGGGACUUAAGACGCUGUAAAUGUGGGACUAUAUAAUAUCUAGACUGGAUAAACAGCAGCUUCAGAACCAACCAUUUGUCUUUUGAUAUUCAGAAUCACAAAUGGGGGAGAGACAAUCAUUUCUCCCACUCAAAUGUUGUCAAAAUCUUCACAGACUAUCAUUUUACAUGUUUUUCAUCAUUUCACUAUUGUUAGGGCACAUAAUUCAUACUUUACUAACUCUCUAAGUAAGCUCUGUAGUUUUGUGAUAGGAGGAAACGUAGUUGUCUGAAAAUACAAUUCAUGUACUUAAAAAGCCUGCAAAGUUUAUUUUUAUUUUUUAAAUGAAAUAUCAUAUUGCUGAUAUUCUUCCAGGAACACUUUUUUAAAAUUCUGUAUGUACAUCUGAUUGAAUUUUACUGUUCUAUGUCAGAACAAUAUGAUCAAGACUGGAGUGUGCUAUGUAUUAGUUUGCCAUCUAGUGGCAUAUGUAAGAAUUACACCCAAUUUGCAGCAGUUCUAGCAGGGCGAAAAGUGAGGUCAAAAUGUUGCUUUCUGGGGGCUAAAGUGCAUUAGAAUCAAAGUAUCAGAAAUGUGCAGCUUCUUCAAAAUCCUUUAAAUAUAGUGGGAUGACCAGAGAAGGUUUCUCUGUUCUUUUGUAACAGCUGUGCAAUUUGCGGACUUGAAUUGAAUCCUUCAGCAUUUUUUUCUAUUGCGUUGUUAAAUUACAGUGUAUCUCCAAUUGUUAUGUAUAUAACUGUAAUGUAUGAAAUAAAUAUGGCAAUUAGA